GAUCAUUUAUGAAGGGUAUAACACCAGAAGGAGAUGAAGAUAAUGUCGCAAGAGAGUUUAACUUCCUAAUGUCUGGUUCAGAUUUUAACUGGGUGCGAAAUAUCGGCGUCUCUGAAACAUUUGAACUUGUUCCUCUCAUUUUUUUAUUUAUCCACCCCGAAAUGGACUCUAAUGCCGAUAGUCAGGGUGACGGUUCUAGUUUUCAGGAACAAUCGUAUUAUGAAGGCAUGGAUGAUACCCUACAAGAUGAUUCUGAAUACCAAGGUGGGGAUGUGGAACAACGUUCUCCUCUUCGUGAGCAGGACCGCUUUUUGCCCAUCGCCAACAUUUCAAAGAUAAUGAAACGGUCUCUUCCAUCCAAUGGAAAGAUUGCCAAAGAUGCCAAAGAAUGUGUACAAGAGUGCGUAUCUGAAUUCAUCAGUUUUAUAACUAGCGAGGCUGCAGAACGGUGUCAGAAUGAAAAAAGGAAGACGAUUAAUGGCGAAGACAUUUUAUGUGCAAUGAACCAUCUUGGAUUUGACAAUUAUGUGGAGCCCCUCAAGGCUUUUCUUGUUAAAUUCCGUGAGCUUAGCAAACUAGAGUCGGGUGCUGUUGAAGAAGCGACUAUUCAGCAAUCUCACGUUCAACAAGUCGCCCAACCUGCGCAAAUUAUUACGCAGGCUAACAACGUCACUACAUUACUUGUCUCUCCAGCACUAAUGUCAGCUGCGGCAGCUGCCGCUGCUGGCAUUUCUAACGGGGCCCCCACUACAACGAUCGUCACUCGGUCGGCGGCAGCAGCUGCUGCUGCUGCUUCAAACGCAUCUAUAAUUAAUGGCGGAAUUUUGGAUGCUGAUGGUCAUCCUCAGCAAAUUACCUUAGGUGAAGACAUAAAGAUUCAGCCAGCCACCAUUAAUGCGCCUGCUGGUGCUACUAUUAUAGUACCGAUUUCCACUCAGCAAAUCGCAAUUGUCCAGAGUGCUGCAGUUGCUCAAUCUGGUCUAGACUCGUCCGCUGUUGUUUCCCAGCGAUGCUGA